AAUUCCUCCACUUAAUUUCCUUUCCACUCAAACAUCCGCCAAAAGUCUACCUUCUUUUCCAGAAGAUCAUUUCUCAAACUCGACCUUAAUCAAUCGCAGUAACAGAGAAGAGAAAAUGUCAGUUCAAGAGUAUCUAGAUAAAUACAUGCUUUCUCGCAAGAUUGAAGAUGCCGUCAAUGCCGCUGUUAGGGCGAAAUCCAACGAUCCUGUUCUCUUUAUUGCAAAUCACAUGAUAAACUCGGUGAAUUCGGUGAUAACGAAGGUGAAAGCGAGACAGAUCCUUGAUAGUAGAGGAAUCCCGACAAUUGAAGUUGAGUUAUCUACUAAUAAAGGCACUUUUCGUGCUUCUGCUCCCAGCGGUCCUUCCACUGGGUUGUAUGAAGCCACUGAGUUGCGUGAUGGGGACAAAGGAAUGUAUCUGGGAAACAGUGUACUUAAAGCUGUGAGACAUGUAAAUGAGAAAAUAUCUGAAGCGUUGCUUGGAAUGGACCCAACACUCCAAUCUCAAAUUGACCAAGUCAUGCUUGACUUGGAUAAGACAGAGAAGAAGGGAGAACUUGGUGCGAAUGCUAUAUUAGCUGUUUCAAUUGCUGCUUGCAAAGCUGGUGCUGCUGAAAAGGAGGUUCCUGUCUACAAACACAUUGCUGAUAUAUCGGGUGGAACCAAUACAAUGCUUCCUGUUCCUUUUUUCACAGUUCUUAGUGGUGGUAAACAUGCGGGAAACAAUUUAGCUGUUGAGGAAAUCAUGGUUUUGCCUGUUGGUGCUAAAACAUUUGAGGAGGCUGUGCAGAUGGGAUCUGAAACCUAUCAUCUCCUUAAGGCUGUUAUAACAGAAAAGUAUGGUGUGCAUGGAUGCAACGUUGGGGAAGAUGGUGGCUUGGCCCCAAAUAUUUCAACUGUAAAAGAAGCCCUAGAUUUAGUCAUGGAAGCCAUUGGUAGAACGGGACAUAUUGAGAAAAUGAAAAUUGCAAUUGAUGUAGCUGCUACUGAGUUUUGCAUUGGAACGAAGUAUGAUUUAGACUUUAAGAACCCAAAUAAAUCGGGCCAAAACUUUAAGUCUGGAGACGAUAUGACUGAAAUGUAUAAGCAACUUUGCGCUGAGUACCCUAUUGUCUCAAUAGAGGAUCCUUUUGACAAAGAGGAUUGGGAACACACCAAGCAGUUAUCGAAUCUCCAAUUGUGUCAGGUUGUCGGGGAUGGUUUAUUGAUGUCAAGUCCAAAACGCAUUGAGAAAGCUAUUCAAGAGUCCACAUGCAAUGCUUUUCUGCUGAAGAUAAGUCAGAUUGGGACUGUCACUGAAGCUAUUGAGGCGGUGAAGAUGGCCAAAGAUGCUCACUGGGGAGUUGUUAUAGCUCACAGAAGUGGUGAAACUGAGGACCCUUUCAUUGCCGAUUUAUCUGUUGGCCUUGCUGCUAGUCAGAUCAAAGCUGGGGCACCUUGCAGAGGGGAGCGUGUUUGCAAGUAUAAUCAGUUACUUCGGAUUGAGGAAGAACUUGGUGAACAAGCCAACUUCGUUGGUGAAGGAUGGAGAAACUCUUGAUCAUCUUCAUCUUGAAUUGGAUCACCUAUAAUUGUUUUGUUCGAUUUUUUUUUUUUGAGCAUAUAGUUGAAAAGCCGAUAUUUUUCCUCAUAGCUGUAUUCCGUUUUCAUGGCAGAGGAGAGUUUAGAUGAUUUUGUUUUUCCUUUGGCGAAAAUUAAGACGCCUUUUUGGUUUUUAGGCAUCAUGCUAUUUUGCAACAUUGUAAAUUAGGCUGCAUAAGAUUCUUUUAGUUGUGAAUCAUUUUUUGUUUUGCUUUCAGAAUUUCUCAACCGCAUGUUGAAUAUUGUAAUUUGAUUUGUUUAAAGAAGAAAAUCAUCGUUAUUGCAUGCAGUUGUGAA